GUAUUGCGCACGCGCGAGCGGCAACUCCGGCGCGGGUGGCUUCCGCUCCCAUCGUGCACUGCGAGCCGAAUCAUGGAUCACACUGACAAUGAGUUGCAAGGCACUAACAGUUCCGGAUCCUUGGGUGGGCUUGAUGUUCGCAGACGGAUUCCUAUAAAACUCAUCUCUAAACAAGCAAACAAGGCUAAACCUGUACCUCGAACUCAAAGGACAAUUAACAGGAUGCCUGCAAAGGCUCCACCUGGUGAGGAAGAAGGAUUUGAUUAUAAUGAAGAAGAACGUUACGACUGUAAAGGAGGCGAACUGUUUGGAAAUCAGCGAAGAUUUCCUGGACACCUUUUUUGGGACUUUAAGAUAAACAUCUUAGGUGAAAAAGAUGAUACUCCAGUUCAUUUCUGUGACAAAUGUGGAUUGCCUAUUAAAAUCUAUGGGCGAAUGAUUCCAUGCAAGCAUGUUUUUUGCUAUGACUGUGCUAUUUUACAUGAGAAAAAGGGAGAUAAGAUGUGUCCAGGCUGUAGUGAUCCUGUGCAGCGAAUUGAGCAGUGUACACGAGGUUCUCUCUUCAUGUGUAGCAUUGUUCAAGGGUGCAAGAGAACGUACCUAUCUCAGAGAGACUUACAGGCUCAUAUCAACCAUCGCCAUAUGAGAGCUGGAAAACCUGUUACCCGGGCUUCACUUGAAAAUGUUCAUCCUCCUAUUGCCCCACCACCAGCUGAAAUCCCUGAUCGUUUCAUAAUGCCACCAGACAAGCACCAUAUGAGCCAUAUUCCGCCAAAGCAGCACAUCAUGAUGCCACCACCUCCUUUGCAGCAUGUGCCACACGAGCACUAUAAUCAGCCACAUGAGGAUAUUCGAGCUCCUCCAGCAGAAUUGUCCAUGGCUCCGCCUCCACCUCGUUCAGUCAGUCAGGAAACUUUUCGUAUUUCAACAAGAAAACACAGCAACUUAAUAACUGUCCCUAUUCAGGAUGACUCAAACUCAGGUGCUAGAGAACCGCCACCUCCUGCCCCAGCACCUGCUCACCAUCAUCCUGAAUAUCAGGGUCAACCAGUGGUCUCGCACCCUCAUCAUAUUAUGCCUCCACAGCAACAUUAUGCACCACCCCCACCUCCUCCACCACCAAUAAGCCAUCCAAUGCCCCAUCCUCCCCAGGCGGCAGGUACUCCUCACUUGGUAUAUAGCCAAGCUCCACCUCCUCCAAUGACCUCUGCUCCUCCACCAAUAACCCCUCCCCCAGGACAUAUUAUUGCCCAGAUGCCACCUUACAUGAAUCAUCCUCCUCCAGGACCUCCCCCACCUCAGCAUGGUGGUCCACCUGUAACUGCUCCCCCUCCUCACCAUUACAAUCCUAACUCUUUACCCCAGUUUACUGAGGAUCAAGGAACUCUGAGCCCUCCAUUUACACAACCAGGAGGAAUGAGUCCUGGUAUAUGGCCAGCACCAAGAGGGCCGCCUCCUCCUCCACGAAUGCAGGGUCCGCCUUCUCAAACCCCACUUCCUGGACCACAUCAUCCAGAUCAGACAAGAUACAGACCGUAUUAUCAAUGAGGAUAGUAUUUUGAACUGAAGUUAUGAAAAAAUAAACUUACAUGUAGUCAGUUUUUUAAUUCUGCUUUGACUGUAUGGGAAGGAAAAUACAAGUACCUCCUGUGAGGUGCUUUAAAACAGAUAGGGUCGUACCUAUUGAAAUGGUUUUAAAUCUUGACCUUAGAAUUGAUUUCUACUACUAUACUGUAGUGCAGAUAAGCGGCUCAAUUGAGCACAUAACAUUUUAACAACUGUUUCCCUAGUCUGGGAAAUUGACCCAGAAGUGACCAUUUGUAAAAACUGAAAAAAUUUUUUCAUUGUUCCACUUUCAAAAAUACUGCUUUUUUGGUUAAACCCAAUGUUUACUUUUUCUUGUGAUAACAUUUUGUUAACCUGUGUAAAAGGAUUAAAUUUCAGUAUGGUUGUAAAAAUGCUUUAUGUGAAUUAAAGUGCAGCCACAUACUGUUUUUUAAAACCAUGUUUUACCACUAAUUUCCCAAAGUUAUAAUAAAAUCCUGAAAAUAAAACUCUACUAGAAUUUGCUAUUAGACAGACUGUUAAAUGAUAGAGAAUCACUUCACAUUUUAGGCACUGAAGUUUUGAGGUAUAUUGAGCAUAUGAUGCACGUCACUGGGAUGCCUUUUCAUGUUUAGACAGCCUUUUUUGACAAAAAUGACCUAAUGGCAAAUUUGUCAUUUUAUUUUGCUAGGUACAGGCAAAAAAUUCCUCAUCAUCUUUGAUCAGAAGCAAGGCAGGAGCACCAACAUACAUUGGGAUACAGAUGUUCAUAUUUGUGUUAUUAAAAGGCAUUCUAAUAUGGAAACAUUGCCAAAGUAAUCAAUUCUACCAUGCCCACAUUGGUGAUGAAUACUCAUUGAUGCUUUUUUAUAGAAUGGUUGCAGUCACCUGCUGCAUUACACUUUCUAAUCUUAAGUAACAUUAUUUAUAGACAUGUUUGAAUGGUGUUAUUUAGAUAAAGUGUGUUCUACUGUGUUCAUUAUUGUAAGCUAAAUACUUAGGGCUGAAGAGGCUUUAUAUAAAUCCUCUUCAUGGCAGUUUGAUUCUGUUCUUACAUGAGUUUUUGUUGGGUUUUAACCUACGACUUGAAUGCUAUGGAGGAAUUUGAAUAAUGUAUUAAUGAAAGAUGUCUCUUGUAAUCACAAAUUAGCAUUUGCUCAGGUUUCAUUGCUAUGUGAUAGCAGUUUUUCCUCUAACUUGAAUUUGGAAAUCAUUAUUUCAUAUUCCUUUUUGUUGAUAAAACAGUCUAAACCUGGAAAGUUUUAAUAUAGAGUCACCAUUGAAGACUACCAGAUAAUUUUGUAUUGGAAGAGAGAAGAGCAAUGACUAAAUUGUAAAUUUCAGUGCUUUAUAAGGUGCCUUGAGUUGACUUUUGUAUUAUAGGAGUUUGUUACAGUACAGCUAAGAUGACCACUUAACAGUUUAUAGAAAUUUCAUGUAUCAAUCAACAUUCUUAGGAUAUUCCUACAUAUCCUUUAGGUUGAAUAAACUCCUGUGAAACUUUUCCUCUCCCCUAAAAUGGUGCAUAAUAUAAACAUGCUGUGUAGUAUGCAGAUGUCAGUUAUUAGCUUAUAGUGUAUAAAUUGAAAGCCUAUUUCUUUCUUUGACAAAGAAUGACCUGAUGGCAAAUUUGCCAUUUUAUUUUGCUAGGUACAGGCAAAAAUUCCUCAUCUUUGAUCAGAAGCAAGACAAUUUUUGAACUUAGGACAGAAGUUAGAAAAACUGUAAAUGGCCAUUUCAACCUUGUCCAGCCAAGAAGAGCUAAUAUACUUUUUUCUUAAGUAAUUUUUCACACUUAGCAGUAUGAGUCUAGUUUAUUAAUGCACUAUUCCUGAUAAGAAAUUCUUGUUAGAGGCAUGGGAGUGAAAUAGUGUGAAAUGUCAAUGAGUGCUUCUAUCAUAUUACUGUAGGUACAUGGACUGGUGCAGACUUGAUUCUUUUUCAUGGCCCCACUUAGGAGCUAUUAAAAUGAUUACUAUUAAAAUUCCAAACUGUUUUAUGAUUCAUAUAGUUAGAAAGUAGCCAAACUCAUUGUAGAGUUUCUCAGCUAUGAAGAUCUCUCCUUUUGUUGAAAUUUACUAGAAUGUGGUUUAAAAACAAAACAAAACACCACUUAGCCUAUGUUUCAGAUAAAAUAAUGUCAUGG